AUGAACAACGGAAGAAAGGGCGGGACAUUGGAGGAUCUGUGCUUUAGAAGGAGAGAAGACACAUCUCUUCUGAGGAGCAAGAGGAGAGAGGAAAUGAUGAAAGUCCAGAGAGGAAUGUAUAGUGGGUCCCUUGUGAGUGAAACUACAAUGAAGGAUUUUCUAAUGGAACUCGACUGUGCUCAAGGAAAGGAUGAAAUCACACAGAUCGAAGUUCUGAAGAAAGUCUCUGUGUCACUUGGAGACGAGAACGUCAUUCUUCAAAUCGACAUCGACCAAAUGGUGAAGCACUUGAAACACUUCAUCGAAACAAGUGCCAAUUUGGAGAUCAUCAAAUUGACGCUGAUCUGUCUCUCGUCUUUAUCGAUUCAUAAGAGGUGUCUCGAUACGUUAAUACAAAAUGGGUGCCAAUUCGACGUUUUUAAUGCAAUUCAAACAUCAAGUGGGGAUAUAGUAAAUAUAGGCGUGACGACAUUAGCCAACCUCGUGUUCGACGACGUGUCGGUGCGCGACCAGUUGAUCAGCAUGAAACUUAUCGAGAUGCUUUCGACAAAACUUGUGGACCUCCGCACGUUAAGUUAUUUAUAUGAGUGUUUGCUGCAAACGACGCCUCUCAUGUCGAUUAAGAAUGUGAUGAAAUUAAUACCGAUGAUAUCCACUUUUGUAACAGAGAAAGUUGGGUAUUCUUGUGUAAGAAAUAUUCUCCAUUACGAGAGUCUUCAUUUGGAUAUGAACAUUGUUGAAAUCAUUCGAGAAGUUCAUAAAGAGGCAUGGGUUGACCGUGACGCAUUCAAAUGUAUUGGAAACGUUUACGCAUACAAACAUACUCAAUUGGUCACAAUGUUUCUCGACGAGACGUUUUCAUUGAUUAAAAUGGUGAGUACCAAUUUUCUGGAAGAAAUGAGUCAAGCAACUUUCGUCGAUGAGGAAUUUUUGAGAACAUUUUUAUGGGUCUGUGGAAACAUCGUCGCGUGCACGCAAGAAUUACAAACAAAUCAAGCAGAGGCAGUUUUGAGUCAAUUCAUCGACUCACCGAUUUGUUGUGUAUUGGUGUUAUCUAUUUUGAAACAAAAUGCGUCGGUCGCACGGGAAGCUUUUAAAACACUUUCUACCGUCAUUUCAGUCUCACAGAACAUCCCUUUAUGUAUUUCUAAAUUGGGAGAAAUCCCCGAUUUUUUCGACGUGUUUCAAGUCAUUUUUAAUGUCAUUUCAGACUUGGAAGAUAUCUUGGACUUUUUUCAAGUGUUGUUUAUUGUCGUUUCUACUCGAAAUAUGGACUGGAUCAACAAAUUAAAUCAACUCAACGUCUUUCAGACUUUGCAGAAUUACACAACACACACAAAUCUUCAAAUUGCUGGAAUGGCCCAAAAUAUAAUUCGAGUUGGAGUUAUGUGCUCUGAAGAUGGAUUUGAGUUGUAA